AUGGCCGACCGAGUUGAAGACGCCAUCGUGGCAUGUAGCGCUGCCCAGCGCGCGGCCAUCAUCGGCGAGCCCAUCUGCGCUCUCUGCGGCCGCUACGGCGCCUACGUCUGCGAUGCCACGGACGAAGACGCCGCGCCGCCACCCGUGGGCUGCGCGCGGAGCUGGGGCUGA